CUCUGUACGCCUCUGACGUCAUCGUUGUUCCUCUGUUUCCCUAGCCCAAGGAAUCCCAAGAAGCCCCCACCGAACCGUAUGUCCCUCAGCGGGCGCAAGUCCUGUUCAACUCAUUUGCCGAUGAAGACGACCGCGAUGUGAUUGGACCAGGAGGACUGGAAAAAUUAUCUAAAGAGUAGCGAAAUGGGCAAGUUCACGAGGGCAGAAUGGUUGCAUGGAAUGGGGUUACUUGAAAUCUCCUCAUUGCCAGUUCUAGCUCAAGCCUUGAGAGAGCUUGAAGAUCUUCUUAUUCGUGAUAAGCAGGCGCUUGCUCGCUCGGCUUCCAUUUCGAGUCAAGCAAGGAAGCGUGGUAUUGCGAGCACAAAAGAGCCCUACAAUCGAACUCGUUACAGGGAGUAUGCUUCUGACCGCAAGACUGCUUUCGCAGAUCUCUAUCAGUUUUGCUUCACGCUUGCUAAGCCACCACAAGCACGAAACAUCGACUUAGAGACAGCUAUGGCGCUGUGGUACAUACAAAGGCGCAAACAAAGAUAUUUGGAACAUGGUACACGAGUUCUGCCACGCUGUGGACCCUUCCUUGUCCAGUUACGAAGCUGAUGGGGCUUGGCCAUCAUUACUUGAUGACUUCGUUGCAUGGAUGAAGAGUAAGACAAAUGAUGGCGCGGGACCUGUUCCAGCCAAGCA